AUGCGGAACCGCCGCUGGACGAGAGACUCAUACCUCAUCUCGACAGAUGCAUCCCUCAUCUCAGUGGCCCAACUCAACGCUGCAUUCGCCUCGGAAGCCGUCUACUGGACCAAAGCCACACCGGAACCCUUCUUGAAAGAAAUGCUGCAAAACUCCCUCUGCUUCGGCCUCUACGACACCACCACUUCUCAACAAGAACCCAGCAGCAGCAGCGGCGGCGGCACAGCUCAAGAAAACGCCGCCGAGUCGAAGGAAUACCAUCGUUUAGUCGGCUUCGCCCGUCUUGUCACCGACUUUGUGUCCUUCGCCUACACCACAGACGUCUGGGUCGAUCCCACAAUGCAGGCCAACGGCCUGGGAAGAUGGCUAGUGGGAUGCGUGCAGGAGACGCUCGAGCCGAUGCCGUACUUGAGAAAGAGCAUUCUUGCCACCGAUAGCUGGGAUAAAUCUGUGCCCUUUUACGAGAAGAUGAUGAAGAUGAGCGUCAUUGGCGGGCAACCUGGAGGCCAGGCGAUCAUGCAGAUGAAGGGGAAGGGGGCUCCGGGGUAUACGGAAAAGACUAGUUGA